CCUGUUGGUCCGACACACAAAAACCAAGUAUAAUUGAAUUGAAUGAUUUGGAAAUAUACGAAAAUAAAUAAAUAAAGAGGAACUGCGAAAAGCAAAUUGAAGAAGAAGCAGAGAUACUCUCCACAGAGUAGCAGUAGAGUGUGAACUGUGAGAGAUGUCAGACCUAGACAGGCAGAUAGAGCAACUGAAGAGAUGCGAACCAUUGAAAGAAUCUGAAGUCAAAUCUCUCUGUCUCAAAGCCAUAGAAAUCCUUGUUGAAGAAAGUAAUGUUCAAAGGGUUGAUGCUCCUGUCACCAUAUGUGGGGAUAUUCAUGGACAGUUUUAUGACAUGAAGGAGCUUUUUAAAGUUGGUGGUGAUUGCCCUAAAACAAAUUAUUUGUUCCUCGGGGAUUUUGUUGAUAGAGGAUUUUACUCCGUCGAAACAUUUCUGCUUUUGCUCGCUCUCAAGGUGAGAUAUCCAGAUCGGAUAACGCUCAUUAGGGGAAACCAUGAAAGUCGUCAGAUCACACAGGUAUACGGUUUCUAUGACGAGUGCCUUCGGAAAUAUGGUUCAGUAAAUGUUUGGAGAUAUUGUACUGACAUAUUUGAUUACUUAAGCUUGUCUGCUCUAAUUGAAAACAAGAUUUUCAGUGUUCAUGGUGGUCUUUCUCCUGCUAUUUCAACAUUGGAUCAGAUACGAACUAUUGAUAGAAAGCAAGAGGUACCUCAUGACGGUGCCAUGUGUGACCUCCUAUGGUCAGAUCCUGAAGAUAUUGUGGAUGGAUGGGGUCUGAGUCCCCGUGGUGCUGGUUUCUUGUUUGGUGGCAGUGUUGUUACUGGUUUUAACCACACCAAUAACAUUGACUAUAUAUGCCGAGCUCAUCAGUUGGUAAUGGAAGGAUAUAAAUGGAUGUUCAAUAACCAGAUAGUUACUGUCUGGUCAGCUCCAAAUUAUUGCUACAGAUGUGGUAAUGUAGCUGCGAUUCUGGAGUUAGACGGUAAUCUUAAUAAGCAGUUUCGUGUGUUUGAUGCUGCCCCACAGGAAUCAAGAGGUGCACCUGCCAAGAAACCAGCACCAGACUACUUCUUAUAAACCAGAUUUCUUUGUUUCUAUAUCUGAAUACACGAAUUGACAAACGGUGAUGAGAUGUCUGUAACGGGAGGAAUCAGCGAGGGAUAAUGUCAGUUCUGGAGGCAAAGUCUGGCAUACAUGCUUGUGCAUCGUUAUUAUUGUAGGAUUGUUGUGAAUUAGUUUUGUGAUUUGCAAUAUAUGGUUCUUACCUUCGUUCAUUCAUAACAUGUGAUGGACAGAGGGUUUAUUUAGAAGGAAAAAUGACAUUUGCAUAUAUGAGAACUUGAUUAGAAAGAAUUGGAUUUGAUCAGGGAAUAUUGGGAGUCCAUAUAACCUGUGGAGAAAAACCCACUAUUCAAGUUUUGAUAUCCUUGAGUUACAAAAGUUUGUUAUUCAAUUUAUGUAGCAUGUGUGCAGAUGUGUUAUUGCGCUAGUUUUGCACUUUGUGGUUGGUAUUGAAAUCAUGCAUUUCCUGUAUCCAGAGGUUCAUUUGUUGACAGAAAAGUAAUACAAGCGCAUGGAACUUUCUGAUGU